AUGCCCAUCCUACGAGCGGACUUUGACAAGUAUCGAAGGAAACACACGGACGUUCAGCCUGUCACAACGAGUCCACCCGAGAAACCAACACAUCGCGUACCUCAGAACCCUGAUUUUGGCCGCAUUUGCACAGAACUAGACGCUUUGAAAGCAAGCCUCGUCUCGCUAAGUGCCUUUCUGAAACGACUCCACAGCAACGAGACGUCCAAGUACAUCAUGGGCCCUUCAGUGACCGACACUGUUGAUUCAAUCAUCGAGGUCAUCAGAAGGACACCCACCAAUUUUCGUCUCGGGUGUGCGAAGGGUGGAUUAAAGCCCUCCCAGGUUAUCGAGUUGGAUGCGGAUUGUAUUCACGGACUUGUGCGAGAACUCAAGAAGUAUCAGAGGGAAAUUGAUAUUGAUCCCGACCAGGUACGAGUUCAAAAGCCCUAUCAGAUGAGUUUUGAUCAAGCCAUGACCGGGAUUAGAUUUGUUGUUUCGAUGAUGGAAGCGCUGCUGUUGAUUCCUUGA